GACAAAAGAAGGCUCGAGGUUUAAACCUCAUAUCCGUUGGGGGCGCUUCUUGUUCUUCCUCUUCGUCCUCGAUCGGAGAGCGCAGAAGGGCACGAGAGGGGAGCGGUAGACCAGACGAUGAAGAGCCACCGAGGGAAAUCGGCGGCGAGGAAGCCUCUCCGCGACGUAUCCAACGCCGCCAACGCCCUCCCAUCGCGUAAGAAGAGCAGGGCCAAGGACGGGGCCGACGGCGCCCUCGAUCGCCUCCUCCUCCUCCGGUCCGACCUCUCCAGUCUCGUCAGCCAGAUUGAUGAAUUAAUUGCUCAAGCUAUGGAGAACAGAACAAUAAGCAAGAAAGCAAGCCAAGAUAUUGAUUCCUUCAGAAGUAUAUUAUCUGACAUUCAUUUCUCUUUGAAGCCAUGGUUCUCAAGACUACGGCAAUCAUUUGACACUUCUUUAACAGCCACUGAAAACAAGCUCAAGUCUUUAGAUACCAAUCCUGUUCCUGGUGCAGUGAGAGAUAGAGAUGCUGCUGCAAGCAGAAGAAAUGAACCUGAGCUCAACCUGAUAGUUUCUUCUUCACCUCUUGUCUCUUGGCGUGCCGGCACCUGUACUGUUGAUUGUGGAAGACAACUAUUUCUGCUAACACCAUUACCCAAAGGCAAACCAUCUGUGUCUAAAUGCCCUGGAUCAUCCAAACAUAUGGCAGGAGUAUUCACAGAGAAAGAGCAAUCUGGUCGUCAUAAGUUACCUCCAUUUUCAGUUAAUGUUGGUAAUGCUUGCCGCGAUCUGAUCGAACGAGUGGAAGAAAAACACGAACCAACUGGUUUGUCAAAUGCUCAUUCUUUUGGACAAAUGAGUGGUGCAUUGGAUUCUGGAUCUGCUUCUCCUUUGAGUCUUUCAAAUCAGAAAAACAGGGAAAACGAGAUAACUUUGCGCUUACCAAAGAGUUCUGGAAUGCUUGAUCCAAUCUCUGAGCCAAGUCAGCAGGAUGGAGUACCUGAGGAUGACAAUGAUGCUGAAGUUUCAGAUAGCUUGUCUAUGACGUGCCAGGAGCUAUUUGGUAUGCAGGCUGCUCCUGUAUCCAUGAGUCGGAGGAAGAAAGUUGAUGGAACUCUUAAUUGGUUCUUAUCACCCCCCAGGACUUGUAUUCUGCUGGAACCAUCAGAUGAGAAGCCGCUUCCAACCCCUGCGAACAGCCAGCUCUCACUUGCCACUCCUAUCUGUAAGAAUUUGGAUAGCACCCAUGAAGAGCUGCCUGGAGAAACCACACUCAAGAGAGAGCUUUGGACCAGAUUCGAGGCUGCAUCCUCGAACCAUCUACACCUCGAUGUUUCUGUUUUCCAAGACACAAGAAGAAAAGGUUUUCUCGACAUGCUUGAAGAGGUUUCUGGGAAGACAUCUGAAUUCAGAUUCUAGAGUAGAUUGACAACAGAAAAUCGUAACCAGCUGCUAAAUUGUGUUCCUCUAGUUGGGUUCUCUAUACUUUUUUGAUUAAUUCCAUAUAUCAUGUAACCCGUUGAAGCAGCAGAUUACCUGAAAAAUUUCCUGAUAGUAUGAGUUCUUUUCUGUAAGGGGGCAUUUUUAAGAAUCUGCUUCUUUCUGUUCAA